UCAGUGCUGAAGCCAUGAAGACCAUCUCAGCCACCGGCAGACCUCCACCAACAUGAGGACUUUAACGCUCUUGAUGCUGACAGUCGUUGCCGCUACCGGACUGAGAGAAGACAACAAAACUCUCCUGAAGGAAAUCGUAGACCACGUGGAACUGAUGCUAGAACCAAGAUCAGGGAUAAAUCUCGACCAAUAUGUCAAACACGUGUUCCCAGAAGAGGGCUGCUCUGCAAAACACUUUUGCCAAGCAGGAAAGGUGAUUACCAACCGAGAUCUGAGCUUCACCAUGCUCCGCAGACGACUGUUUGCCUAUGCUAAUCAUUCAGGGAUCCGUCACUGCAGCGUCCGAACUUCACAGGAAGACAAAAUGGGUGUUUUUCUGACAAAAAUCAAAAACUGCUGCAAAAAACUAAACUCCAGAAAACAUCCAGAAUAAGACACGUGAAAUAACUCUAGACACAAUACUAUGUUUUUGUUCAGGAACACAGUGACUAUAUUUCCGUAUUAUUAUUUUGCAUUAUGAAUGAGAUACAUUAAGGCAUUUGCUGUUAUUUAUAUAUUUAUUGUAUUUAUGAAUAAAAGUAUUCUAAACUGA